AUGACAUACCCUCAGAUGGAAGAGGCUUUGUUAUCGCACCUCGGCCCCCAAUACUCAGCAGACGACUGGAAGGACGCCCGAGACGCCUUGUUCUCCGGUGAUGGCAAUGACAGUAUUGCAUUGGCGAAUCUUCUGGCCUUGAAGGCCAGGUACAUGCCUCAGGCCUCAGAUGGUCCAUCGAAAAUGAUGCAUCCAGCAAAAGCUUCUCCCGCAGGCGCCUUCCCCUUCAUCCUCGACGAAGCCGAGGAGGGUGAUGAUGAGGAUGAGGACGAGGACGAGGAAGGGGAUGGGGAUGGGGAUCAUCGAGCGCGUAGGAGGCAAGCCAAUCCUUUUAUCGAUGACCAGGCAGGGGAAGAUGAAGAUGACAGUCUUUUCGACGAUGAGACAGGGAGUGAAGAUGGCAUUAUGAGAUUGCAGAACAUGACAUGCUUGACAGGACCAUCGGCCAAGGACACAUUGGCUGUAGCGAUCGAUAAAAUCUUCGUCAAGUUCGGAGAGAAAAACAUCAGUUCUUCGAAAGGACGCCUUUCUUACAGGGCUGCUCGGUUCCCUGACACAAGUAAAAGUAGGACAUAUCUUCUUCAUGUUCACAGAACUGCCACGCCAUAUAUCGCGGAGCACCUAAGUAGCAAGGGAUUUUCUGUUAUCGUGUCAGCCUGGGUACCAGGUCAGCUUCUCUCCGUGAAACAGUAUCUUCUCAUUUUGGAUGAAGAAUUUGGAGUGGUGAAACAUUCCAAUCUCAAACUUCCAAACCCAUCGUGGGUGAGGAUCAAGCACGGUAAAUAUAAGGGUGACAUCGGCUAUGUGUUCGACUCAGAACAAUCGACUGGUUUUGUGGUAGUCUUGAUUCCUCCACGAGAAUUCCCAUAUUCAAUGCCUCAUGGAUCUAAGGUGCUCCUCGACCGAUCUCGCCUUCCGAAUGACAAUAGAGUGUCUGACAUCAUUCAUGACGAAAAGUUUUUGCGUGUAGGCGAUGCGGUCAGAGUUCUCAGAGGCGAACUUUAUUCGAAGAUAGGAACGGUCGUGUCAACCGACUAUAUAUUUGAAAUUGACCUGCGACUCAAGGACUUAGAGCGCAUCUUUCGGGUUGGGGACACAGUUCGAGUCGUGGCAGGUUCUUACUUGGGCGUGGAAGGACACAUCAUUCAGAUAUUUGAUGAUAUCUGCCACGUUUGUCAAGCGGUAUCGAAGGAAGAGUUGCAAGUUUCGAAGUACUACUUAGAGUGCUGUUCAUUGAAUCACACGUUGCACCUACGGCUACCGAUCCAGCAAAAAUUUGAGCCUUUCCCCGACUGCGACUCGAUACAAGUUGGCGAUGAAAUAAAAGUACUUGCAGGAGAGCACAUGGGGAAAUAUGGGGUCAUAGAAUGGUUUCCUGUGGGAGACACCCAAUUGUGGUUCCGAGAUGCGAACCCUAUAUUCACUGGAGACGAUAUCUCCACACUGCCACUUAUUAAAGUUACCGCGACCUUUGUUCGACAGACGCACAUUGCGCAGACAAUGAAAUUUAUGAGGGAGCGGGGUUAUGAUGUCAGACCCGGAGACUUCGUGAGUGUAGCUCGCGGGCCGGAGUAUCAGACAAAAGGUGUUGUUCAAAGUGUCGACUUCCGGAAGGCUCAUUUGACGCUGCUGUCUGAAGGCAAUGCUUCUCUUAUUGACGUUCCAAUUGGAUUCGUCAUGAAAUUAAGCAAUGCGGACUUGGAUUCGUUGAAAGAGAUCAUUGGUCAAGAAGUACUUAUUGUUGGAGGUGACUGGAAAGGCUUCCGAGCCACGCUAUAUGGUCUCGGGAGUGACCUUUGCACAGUUGCUGUGCAUGGGCAGGCACGUAUCACUUUGAAAAAUCAAGACAUUGUUACCAGUUAUGGUAUGAGGCUCAAUGGUGCAAUACUUGAAGCACCAGAUCUAGCUUCAUUCUGCGAGAUGCGAAAAAGAUCGUACUUGCCAUCACCGCAUCAAAGAAACAUUACGCCUCCUGAACGAUUUCCUCCCGCUAGCCGCACAGAUUCCAGCCUGUCGUCACCUAACAUGUGGACCACGUGGAACACCAGCGCUGAGGGUAUCCAUAUCGCAGACAACCCUUCCUCGAGUGCCCAUCCCAGCUCGUCAACAUUUGACCCUUGGACUCUCAACGCCCAAGACAUCCAAGAUAACAUUCGCGCCAAUUCUGAGGAACUCUGGGACAGUGGCCCCCUACCUUGGUUGAUGAGUCGAGAAUUUUCUUCGACGUUCCUUAAGCAUCACGCAGUGUUGAAAGUCUCCCCGAGCUUCAUGGGUGGCAGGCUACACAAACGGUUUGUAUUCACUGCCGUUCCUGACCCAUUCUGCAGCACGAAUGGACCUGCACCCACGGGCUGCAUCUCAGCAUUUUGUACAUCUAACAGCGCAGGCGCCGCGCUUCAACACUACCAUAUCCCGGCUAAGGAUCUCCAUCUAGCUCCUCCACGCAAAAAAAACCAACGGUGCCUUGUUUUGGAUGGUGAUUCACGCGGUCAGAUCGUAACUGUCGCGAAAUGCAAUGCUAAGAAAAAUACCAUCGAUGUGAUUACCGGUACAACUUUCUUCACUCUACGUUUCGAUCAGAUUUGUAUGGUGGAACAGGGACAUGAUUUUCCUUGA